CUGGCCCGCGAGAGGUAGAAAGCGGAAACGGAAGUGUUGACCAGAGGGAGCCUUUGCCUGAGACUGCAGGUCAAACUCUUUGCUUUUGCGAUGGAGGGAUCUCAGCCUCAAGAGGCGAUCCUGGAUGCUAAAUCGCAGGUCACCAGCCAGCUUGUCGAUUUUCAGUGGAAACUGGGUAUGGCUGUGAGCUCCGACAGUUGCAGAUCUCUUAAGUAUCCUUAUGUUGCAGUGAUGCUAAAAGUGGCAGAUCAUUCUGGCCAAGUAAAGAACAAGUCCUUUGAAAUGACAAUUCCACAGUUUAAGAAUUUCUACAGACAGUUCAAGGACAUUGCUGCCAUUAUUGAAACUGUGUGAAAACAUUAUUUGGUUAAUAAAUUGCUAUCAUCAUCUAAAAUAAUGGAUUUCAUCUUCUGUAAACAAACUGCAUAAGGAUCAAAUAUUUAUUGAAUGAAAAUUGCACUUUAAUUUUUUCAUUUUUCUAAAUAAAAAGUGAGAUAAA